AUGCCGUAUCCGUUGUUGAUUGGAUGGAGGAUACGGCACUUAGUGCUAGUAUGGUUCCUCCCGUGUUAUCUUAAUCUUCACAGAGAGGGUAGUCCUUUCAUUAUCAAUACAUUCAAAACCAGAAUGAGUUCAGUUGGAAGUUCUCGAGAAGUUGUAUACAUUAAAGCCAAACUUGGCACAGAGAGUGGUGCUGACCAAUAUAAAAAAUUCGCAAUCGAUCCGAAUAUCACAGAUUACAAAAUUCUUUUGGGUUUGCUGCGUAAAUGCUUUGAUAUUAACUGUGAUUUCUCGGUUUGUUACUUGGCUAUUGAUGAAUUUGGUGAACAGUUCUAUUUACCGUUACAAUCCGACUGGGAUCUAGAUGCGUCGAUAGUCACAUCAUCUGAUUCCACUCUGCGACUUAAAAUAACCCUAAAGCCUAAGGUUCCUGAUCUUCAAGACUGGGAUAUUAUUAUUCCAAGUGGUGUUCAACCGAGUUCCAGAAGAAAAAAGUCACAAAUUGACACGAAAAAUGAUUUAACACUCAGUGAUUCAAGAGGACCAUCACUUUUUUCUCAAAUCACACAACGAUUUGAAAAAACUGUUGCAAAUGUACGCAAAGCUAUCGGAAUUGCAUUGGACGCAGAUGAUAUGUUUUAUCCUAUCCAUCCACCGAUAUCAGAUACGCAAAUGCGAUUAUACAUGGAUGAUAAUGGACGCAUUAUUUAUCUAAAUCAAUUUUAUCUAGAUGUUUACCUAAAUGGUUUGGAGCACAGUUUACGUAAAGUUGGUUGGCGUAUAUUGUUAUCAGUUUGUCCAGCUGACACAACGGGUCAGGAGCGUUUCCAUUUACUGGAUAUCAAAGCUCAACAAUAUGCUACUCUUAAAGAAAAUUGGAAAAAGUUAUAUGUCAUGGGUUUAAUGUCUGAAAAUCAACUAUCUACAUUAGCUUCAAUAAGCAUAGAUGUUGUUCGUACAGACUGGAAGGAAGACUACUAUCGUUCUGUUGACAACCACCAUCGAGUGUGCCAGUUGUUUGAUAUACUGGCUACUUAUUGUAUACAUCACCCAAAUAUCGGAUAUUGUCAAGGUAUGUCAGAUUUGGCCAGUCCAUUGUUAGUUGUUCAAGGUGAUGAGGCAUUAGCAUAUCUUUCAUUUUGUGCUUUAAUGCAACGCGUCAAAUCUAAAUUUAGCGAUACACAACAAUCUAUAUUAAUUAAUAAUAUGCAAGAUUUACACGAUCUUCUAACAUAUACCGAUAGUGAAUUAGCGCAAUUUUUUCGUGAACAUAAUCUAGCCAAUAUGUAUUUUACUCAACGUUGGUUUAUCUUGGAAUUAAAACGUGAAUUUAACUUUAAUGAAUCUUUACGUAUUUUCGAAUCACAAUGGGCUGCUUUAUGUCUUGUAAAUAAUAAUAGUUUAAUUGAAAUUGAAACUUCUAAUUCUAAAUCUGAAGGCUAUCUUGUUUUAACUGAUGGCACAUGUAAUUUGUACACGUCGAAUUCUUCACUUCCGUCAACAAACCCUAUUAACUGGCAUCAUUAUACAGCAAGAGAUGUCAGCCUAAUUAAUUCUUUAAUCGGUUCAAAUUAUGUUGUAGAUUUGAAAAGAAAAGGAUCUACUACUGUGUUCAACCAAGAAGUGAUUAAACAAGAUACUCAUUCAUCUGUUUCUUCGUCUAUUCCUUCUAUUGUUCUCUCUUCACAUGACUUAUCUAGUGAGUAUAAUCAAUCUAAAAAUCCACAACAAACAUCGUCUGAGACGUUACUUACAGAAACGCAAUUUGAAAUUAUCUCUCAUGAAUCAUUAAUGGAUUUUCCUAGCUCUACAAUAAACCAACAAUCUUUACAUUUAACAUCAACCAGACGAUUAUCUUCAUUUUCUAUUGAAAAUGAACCAAUUCAUAUUAGGACUAGUGUAGCACAUUUACCACCACCGAAUAAAUUUGGUCAGGGUAAUCCAUUUCUUCUAUUUCUUAGUUUAUCAUUAAUCUUAGAAUAUAAAGAGAUAAUUAUGCUAGAAAUUAAAGAACCUGGAGAUAUUAUACAAUUUUAUCAACAACAGUCAGGUAAACACAACUCUUCUAGAAUAUUGUAUCGUGCAAAAAAAUUGUUUAAUAAAUAUUUAGAAGAAAAUAAUUUUCAAAUUUUUCAAAAUUAAACUUUACUUUACUUUAAUAAUUGUACAGUAGUAAAAUGAAAUACAACACACACCGACCCAUACAUGAAGUGAUAUUCCCAUUUUUGUUUCUUCUUAAAUAUUUGUUUUUUUUUUCUAAGAUUAAUUUUGCAUUGUUAUAUUAUUAUUAUUAUUACUUUUAUAGUUAAUUGACCAAUUAUUACUUCAAAACAGAUUUUACAAAUACAGCUACAACAACAACAAUAGCAACCUAUUUUCACUGUGAUAUAAUUGAUACAUGUAUUUUUCUUGAGAUUUUUAUAACAAAAAUAUUUUCUUAUUUUUGUUG